GGUGUUAAAACAUCUACGAUUAAUCCAAUCCAACUGUAAUCAUCAUCAUCUUCUUCUUCUUCUCUCUCUGUACAGUCGAACUGUUGUCACAAACGAUGACUACCCUCUCCAAUUCUUUCCUUUCACUCCAAACCCACCGUAAUCACUUCUUUUCUGAUCAAGGCAUUGGCUCCUCUAAUCUGCUUAUCGGCCACAGUGGAACACUAAAACUAACAAAGCAGAAGAAAUCACUUACUGUGAGAGCUGGGGCAAACGAUGAUAGACUAGGUGGCGCCAGCUUAUUCGUCGGUGGCUUUGUAUUGGGAGGAAUUGUUGUUGGAGCAUUAGGCGCCAUAUACGCACCCCAGAUAAGCAAGGCACUUGCAGGGGCAGACCGAAAAGAUUUAAUGAGGAGGCUGCCAAAAUUUAUAUAUGAUGAAGAGAAAGCCUUGGAGAAAACACGCAAGAUACUAACGGAGAAGAUUGCUCAGCUAAACUCUGCGAUAGAUGAUGUUUCUGCUCAAUUGCGUGCUGAUGACCCCCCAAACGGGUCAUCCGUGCCAACUGAUGAAGUUGAAGCUUCCUACUGAUGUUUUCAAAAGUAUGUCAAUGUAUAAAUUAGGGGUGUCAAUCGUGUCGGGUUAGCAUGUUUCUAGUUGAUGGGUUGAACUGAUGAACCGAACACGACGCAUAGAUUAUGUUUGUAUUUCAACACAUGUGACUAUGAAAUAUCCCUCUAAUUGAUUGUUUCUGAUGUUUGGUUCCC